UUUUUCUUCCAUUAUAAAUACACUACACCUCUUGAACCUCUUAUCUCUCAAACUCAACACACUUGCUCAAGCAAGAACAACCAACGUUGAAUAAAACAUCUUUGUUUUUCUCUCUUCUCUUAUAGUGUCUGUUCUUCAAGGGAAGAACCAUGGAAGGAGGCAUACCAGAAGCUGAUAUGUCUGCUUUCAGAGAAUGUUUGUCUCUGUCAUGGAAGAAUCCUUAUGUUCUUCGCCUUGCUUUUUCUGCUGGAAUUGGAGGCCUUCUCUUUGGCUAUGACACUGGAGUUAUAUCGGGGGCUCUUCUGUAUAUCAGAGAUGAAUUCAAGGCAGUUGAUCAGAAGACUUGGCUUCAGGAAGCCAUAGUAAGUACUGCAAUUGCUGGAGCAAUAAUAGGAGCUUCAGUUGGGGGAUGGAUCAACGAUCGAUUUGGAAGGAGAGUAGCAAUUCUUCUUGCAGAUGCGCUCUUUCUAACAGGGUCAAUAAUCAUGGCUGCUGCUACCAGUCCAGCUAUUCUAAUUGUGGGUCGUGUGUUUGUUGGGCUUGGUGUUGGCAUGGCUUCAAUGGCAUCCCCUCUUUACAUUUCAGAGGCUUCUCCAACCAAAGUUAGAGGAGCCCUUGUAGGCCUCAACAGUUUUCUCAUCACUGGGGGACAGUUCCUUUCCUACCUCAUCAACUUGGCCUUCACUAAGGCACCUGGGACAUGGAGGUGGAUGUUAGGGGUAGCUGCAGCACCUGCUUUGAUACAAAUUGUACUAAUGUUGUCACUCCCUGAAUCCCCCCGUUGGUUGUACCGCAAGGGUAGGGAGGAGGAAGGACAAGCGAUUAUGAGAAAGAUUUAUCCACCUCACGAUGUUGAAGGUGAAAUUCAAGCUUUGAAGGAAUCAGUUGAUAUCGAAAUUAAGGAAUCAGAAACAUCAGAAAAGAUCAGCAUGAUGAAACUUCUGAAAACCACUGCUGUGAGAAGAGGAUUAUAUGCAGGCAUGGGGCUCCAAUUUUUCCAGCAGUUUGUAGGGAUCAACACUGUGAUGUACUACAGCGCCACCAUUUUUCAGUUAGCUGGUUAUGCAUCUAACAGAACAGCUUUGCUUCUUUCACUCGUCACAUCAGGCCUUAAUGCAUUUGGUUCAAUUUUGAGCAUAUACUUCAUUGACAAAACUGGUAGAAAAAAGCUUGCUUUAAUCAGUUUGUUCGGUGUUGUGUUCUCUCUGGCCCUCCUAACUGUAACUUUUCGCGAAAGUGAAGUUCACUCUCCAAUGGUUAGUGCCAUUCAAACCUCUAGUUUCAAUGGCACCUGCCCUGAUUACAAAGCAGCUUUGAACCCUGGUAAAUGGAAUUGCAUGACAUGCCUAAAGGCUUCACCAUCUUGUGGUUUUUGUGCUGCUGAUGAUAAGCUCUUACCUGGGGCAUGUUUGAUCUCCAAUGAUGAUACAAAGAAUAUGUGUGGUAAUGAUCAUAGAGCAUGGUACACUAGGGGAUGUCCUAGCAAAUAUGGUUGGGCUGCACUAAUAGGCCUUGCUCUUUACAUAAUCUUCUUUUCACCUGGAAUGGGAACUGUUCCGUGGGUUGUGAAUUCUGAGAUCUAUCCUUUGAGGUAUAGAGGGGUUUGUGGAGGAAUGGCAUCCACAACUGUUUGGAUUUCCAACCUCAUUGUUUCCCAGUCAUUUUUGUCCUUGACACAAACUGUUGGGACAGCAUGGACAUUUAUGAUGUUUGGAAUUGUUGCUGUUGUGGCAAUUUUCUUUGUCAUUAUUUUUGUACCUGAAACCAAAGGGGUUCCAAUGGAGGAAGUAGAGAAGAUGCUGGAACAAAGAUCUGUGCAGCUUAGGUUUUGGCGGAAGAGAGAUUCUGGCUCUCAGAAGCACUGACUCAAAGUGAAAAAAAUUAGCUUGAGUCAUGUCUAGUUUUAUAGCUCUAAAUAGUGAACUAAGUGGCUUGUGAAGUAUUGUUAUUUGACAAUGGUUUUCUUUUGGGUAAGAUCUGGUCAUAGUUAGCAUUUUAGUUCUAAUGUGUAGCUGAUUAGUUGGAUUGCUGGAAUUCCUUAUGAAAUCCACAGUGGAUUGAAAAAUAAGGAUUCAUAAUACGCUUCUAUUUAUGAAAUAAUAAAAAAUAUUAAAUG